GCCCCUCUAAGCAACCCGAGCUAAGAGAUUUCCAAAAAAAAAAAACAGACUUGGACGUCUCACCAUUGCCCACAAUGCACACGCUCUGGAGAUAUGACAUAAACACACGGAGACCCUGUUGUACAAAAGGAAACUCAACAGCUGUUUUCAGGAGCAAGGAGUGUUUACAGGGGGGGGGAAAAACACCAACAAGAACGGCAGCAGUGGGUAUUGCUGACGGAAAAAACAUACAAGAAAUCUUCUGCCAGGAGGAGAGGGGUGCAUCAUGGCGUCUGCCAGUGUCUCCAUGUCCAGCUCCUCGGGCUCAACACUGGGCUUUGAAGACUACAGCUUGUACAGUAACAUGUCUGAUGAUCAGCUUCUACAGCUGGCUAUUGAACGCAGCUUGAUGGAGGGGUGCACCUCCACGCCCGCAGCUGAACCCCCCAGGGCUCCCCAAACAGCGGCACCUCCAGCCAGGCCGAAUGCGGUCAUCAGACGGCGUCCCCCUGCCCGGAUUCCUGAACAUGAGCCUGAGCCUCCGCCCUGCCCAUCCAACCCUCCCAGUCACAGUCACAGCCAGGCAGACACUUCAGAAAGAAAGACAAUACCUCCCAGCUGGACUCUGUGUAGGGAUAUAAAACAGGAGCUUGAGGGAAGCUGGGUGAGCCAAUAUACCACAGGAUAUGGGAAGAGAAUGGUGGCCUACCGCCGACUUGAUGGGACUCUCAUCAGAACAGAGCCUGAGCCAGAUGCGGUAGUAGAGCCCUUGGUGAAGGCCAUAUGGGACGGUGAUGCAUCAUUAGUGAGGACGUUGGUUAGAAAACCUGAUGUAAAUCUUCUGAAAACAAAUCAACAAGGAUGGAUACCCAUGCAUGAAGCUGCAUAUUAUGGACAGGUGGACUGUCUCAGGGCUAUCCUGGGAGCUCAACCUGGAAUGUUGAACAAGCGCACUCUGAAAGAGCAGACUGCCCUUAUGCUGGCAGUAGAAAGAGGUUUCUCCAGAUGCAUGGAGUGCCUCUUGGAGCGAGGUGCUGACCCUGAUAUCCAAAACAAGGACAAGGAGACCCCUCUUUUUAAAGCUUGUGAAAAAGAAAAUCCAGAGAUGGUGGCCAUACUUUUGAACAAUGGUGCUUCAGUAAACAAGCUUUGCACCCAGGGCUGGACAGCCCUGCAUGAAACUGUGAGCCACAACCAUCUGGAGAUCGCUGAGAUGCUGUUGAAAGCCGGGGCAAAAGUCAACAUUGUCAACCAGUAUGGCAUCACACCGCUCUUUGUUGCUGCUCAGGCUGGACAUGUGGAUAUUCUGCGCUUACUCCUGAAACAUGGUGCUGAUAUAAACAGCCAAGCAGCAGACGGCGCCACCGCUCUCUACGAGGCCUGUAAGAAUGGACACGAAGAUAUAGUGAAGUUCCUCCUCUCCCAAAAGGCAGAUGCCAACAAGCCUGGCAAGACUGGACUUCUUCCCAUCCAUAUCGCUGCCGAGAAGGGGUAUGAUGGGGUAAACCUGCUCCGCCAGGACACCAGCCAAUGUAUCGACUCGGUUAAUAUCAUUGAGAUGCUGAUCCCUGCCACUAGUCGGCAAAGAGUCCGGCGCUGUGGCAUCAGCCCGAUCCACCUGGCUGUCGAGCGGGACCGGGACGACGUUCUGGAGAUCCUGAUCGAGGCCGGCUUCGACGUGAACGCGCCUCUGUCAGAGGACCGCUCCAGGUUGUAUGAGGACCGGCGCAGCAGUGCGCUCUACUUCGCCGUCAUCAACAACAACAUCGAGGCCACAACCAUGCUGCUAGAGGCUGGAGCUAACCCCAACCUUGAUGUCUUAAGUCCCGUGUUGGUUUCCAUCCGUAUGGGCUCCAUCGAGAUUUUCACCAAGCUGGUGGACCACGGAGCCGACGUCAACGUCUACAUCCCCAACUACCCAACCAACUUCCCAGCCACGGUCAUGUUCGCCAUGAAGUACCUGCCUAUGCUGAAAUACCUGCUGGACCAUGGCUGUGAUGCGCAGUCCUGUUUUAACUGCUCCUAUGGGAACAGCGCUCACCCACCCAUCAAGGUAACGGGCGACGAGAGACGUGACCUGCACUACAGAAUGGAGGAAGCACAGAACACCUGUAUAGAGUUCUGUGAGAUGAUCUCUACACCCUCCAUUAGCCGAUGGGCAGGACCCAUUAUAGAUGUGCUUCUUGACUAUGUUGGCAACGUGAAGCUAUGCGCUAGACUCACUGAACAUCUCGAUAGCUUUAUUGACUGGAAAAACAUCAAGGAGAAAUCAGAACCCCCCAGAACGCUGAUGCACCUGUGCAGAAUAAGAGUACGGCAUCAGAUCGGGUGUAAGAGAUUACAAAAAAUCGACAAGCUUCCCAUCCCUCCAAGAUUAAUAAAAUUCCUCAAGUAUGAAAACCGUACUGAAGGUCUGUGAACAACACGUGGACAACUGGACUGUUGUCAUUCAGUCAUGUGGUGAAGCUAGCUGCCAUUUAGCAUAUCCUACUUUGUUGGAAAGCUUUGUGUGGCUAGGAGUUGAAUGUAGCUUUGUGGAAUAUUUUAAAAUGUACAAUGGCACUGUUUUAUGUAAAACAAUAUUUAUUCUUAAGAAAUAGAAAGGAGAAAGAGGGUAUCUGGAUUGAAUCUGUAUCUGUAUUGUAAUGUUGGUAGAGGGUGAACAUUUUGCACAGAGAAAUGUAAAGAUGACCAGUAGUUGUCUCAAUGUUGACAUAGCCUGUAGUUAUUUAAAUAUUGUGUUAAAGCUGCAGUUGGCAAGUUUGACAGAUUGAGGGGACUUCAAGUUGCCUUAGCUGCUUUGAUAGCUAUUCUUCGCCAUGUUUUGGUUUUCGACUGUGGGCUAUUUCGCGCUACUACGGAGAGAAGUAGAAGGAAGUUUCAACGCAUGCGCGCGCUCUUGGUGUUGUUGUAUGGCAGUGCUUCACAGUAUCACCUAGCCACCUGGCAUGCAUACUACAUCAAAUUUCACACACUUUUGCGUCAUCGUGUGCAUGCAGAUUUCCACCCAAUGACGCUCGUCUAAACCCUAAAUAAAAAGUGGGAACGCAACACCACUUUUGCGGGUUGUUUUCAGAUCGUUGUCGUGUAAAGCUAGCCUUAGCCAAAAUUUUGAAUGUUUACAACUCUAAUGCCCCUUCCCCACUACCACCGAGCACCCUCUCAUUGAGUUUGUGUUUGUCAGUGCGCACCAGACUGCAAUUGACAGUCAGAUC